UCCCGUUUGAGUCCUCCCCCGCUCGUCUUCAGACGAGAUGGGCAACUAGGCUGUCGCUGUGCUUUGGAUAAAAAAAAAAUAAACUACAUUGAAUAUACAUUCAUGUCGACUUAUGGACCUGAUGUAAAGAGAUAUCUGUCGGCCUAGCAGCAGUUGUCCAGGUGACCUCAGAUGGAUUGAGUUAAACCUGUAUGACAAUGGAGGGGGCUGGGCACAGAAGAAGAUGGAUUAAAACGGCCCAUUAUGGCAUAACACUGCUUCUCAUGUGCAUGUUAACUUUGGCAAGUUUAGAACCUUCAGAGAAGAAGAAGUGUGAGACUGGGGAAUAUGAAAGUGAAAAUGGAAUUUGUUGCAACAAAUGCCAUCCAGGUUUUAAGCUUAGAGAAGAAUGUCAUUUUCCGGGUCAGAGAACCAACUGCACGCCCUGUCCUUAUAAUCAAUACAUGGACAAUAUGAACUCUGCCCUCAACUGCAAAAGUUGCAGAAGUUGUACAAAACGAAAUGAAUUUCAGUUCUCGCCAUGUAAAAAAUAUGAAAACACUAUUUGUCGGUGUAACAAUGGUUAUUACAAAUAUGACAUUGAUGGAGACACAUCAGAGUGUCGCAAAUGCAAACAAUGUGGUCCUCAUGAAAAGGAAGAACAGAAAUGCACACUGCAGGAAAACACUGUUUGUGAAUGUAAGGAGAAAUACUACAAAGUCAAGGGCAAAUGUGAACCCUGCGAGAAAUGUACCACUGAGUGCGCACAUCUCUGUCCACAUCUGCAUACAAAAGCUCCUGACAAAGGAAGUGGAUUUCUUAUAAACGUAAUUGUUGGAGUUGUAUCUGUGGGUUUUCUAUUGUUGGUGUCCGUGGUUCUUAUCACCUACAUAGUCACAAAAAGGUGCACCCAGAGGGAGUUGCAAAAACCGCCUUCCCAACCAUCUGAUGUUUCCCCGGACUCUUGCGAGCAGGUCCUUAUCUGCCGCGAGGAACCUUUGGACAACAGCAGUGUCAAAGCCAUUUCCCAAAGCCCUGUGAGUGAACAGCAGCCAUCCAAUCUGCCUGACUGUGUCCCCCUGGAAAUCAAGAUCACUGACCUGAUCUACACAGUGCUGGAUCUGGUUCCUGUGCUGCAGGUGAAGCAGCUGGUGCGUACUCUCGGUGUGACGGAUACAGAGAUCGAACAAGCUGAGGUGGAUCACAGAUCCUGCCGGGAGGCUCACUACCAGAUGCUGCGGGUGUGGGCUGAGAGAGGGUCUCGUGCAAGUGGAGGAGGACGAGGUGGAAUGCUGCACUGGUCAUUGAUGCAGGAGUUGUCAGACAUACUGAGAAAGAUGCACCUGGGAAGGGCGGCGGAGGAGCUAGAGACAAAGUAUGGCAUUCAGUAAUCCUCUCACACGAGCCAAGUGGAACAAAAAGCUUAUGAAACCAAGUACUGCUCCCUCCAAAGACUCACUCACAGACGGCCUCAAAGCUUACACAAAGACACGGGGCUACCACCAAAGCAGCAGUUCUAUUUCACAGCUAACCAGCAUCAUUGAGCACUCUACCUCUCAUACCCACCAUCUGCUGAGAUGACAAGGUCAAACUACUGAGAGGGACUGAUCAAAAUGUUCAGGUUCAGAGCCACAAAUAGGUUUUUGCACUAAUAGAUUGUGCUCACCCUUUUGUUAAAAUUUUUUAAGGAAUAGUUUGACAUUUUGGGAAAUGGGUCUCAUUCUCUUUCUUUCCAAGAGUUAAAUGAGAAGAUUGACACCACUUUUAUUGAUCUUCUCAUCUAACUCGGCGAGAGUGAAUACACAUAUUUCCCAAAAAGUCAAACUAAUGCAACAGGCCACGAAGCCUGCUGAAAAAAUGCGCUGUUUCUUUCAUGUCACUAUACCGUCUGAUUACAUACUAGAGUGAUCACUUAAGUUUUAUUGACUGUAAUUUGCACAGUAUUGUAUUUUCAUGUUGCUUUAUCAACUUUUUGUUGUACAGCAAACCUUUUUUACCAUCCUUUGUCAUUUGUAGUUUAGGCCAAUGAAAUCCCUCCAUUUGUGUCAAAAGUCACUAUUGCAGCUAUGUUAAAAUAUUUAAGUACAUGGGAAGUGAAAAAGUUAAAUGGUGACUAUUUAGCCUGUACCAUAAAGUAAACCGGUAUUCUUUUAAUAGUUGUUCCUGGUUGUACUGAAAAAAACAAAAACUAAAGAAGUUCUGGUCUUCUUUAUCAAACUUUGAUUGGAAAAGUAACAAAUUAGCUGUUCCUACUUAGUGCUGACCAGACCCCUGCCACUUUUAACAAGCUUUUCAUAGCCCCAUUAGCAUUCUUUUAAGCCCCAUCAUAGACGCAUUAUUCAUUACAGUUGAACCAAACAGGACACGCCUUGUCUGUCUCAGCCAGGCAACUUUUAUAAUACCAGUCCGAGCCUGUAGACUCAGAUAUGAAUCAGUCACACUCUUACAGACCUGGCAUGCCAAAGCACUUUUGCCCUGUUUGAAACUGUAUUAUACUUUUAUAUAGUGAAUAAAUGAUGAAUAUAU